AUGCUAAUCAGCCAUGCGCUUCCAUCCACACACACACCCACACACGUGCACGUCGUUUGUUUUACCUUUGCACGCAGGCCACAUUCACCGGAUGACAUGCCCUCCGAAGUAUUCUCCAUCUUCACCACAUCCACUGCCACCAUCGCUAUCUCUCUCCUUCUCCUUCAUAUUGCCGCCAGUGGUGCACAGAAGGCAAGUGUGGCUUUUGUUAUCAAUGAGGAGUUAGCCAUCGGAGACCGAAUUGGCAGUUUGACGGAAAAGUUGGCUUUGGAUAUCGCCUCACGUAGAGAGGUUAAUUUUGUUCCGCUAACUGAUCUUCGGUUGGUGAAUUUCAACCGAACCAGUGGUUUGAUUACUGUGAGGCAGCGGAUUGAUCGAGAGGGUUUGUGCAAGGAGACAGGAGCCUGCUGUCCUGGUCAUAGUGCAAUUUCUCCUCCUGUUUCUACAUUCCAUGAUGUUCUUUUACCACAUUUGGCAGAUGUACAGUAUCCGGGAUGUGCCAUUAAAAUGCUUGUAAUGGACCAACGGCAGAGGGCUCCUUUGUCACCACAAUCUCAGGAACAUCAACUUAUUCAAGUGAUUAUAUAUGUCAACGAUCUUAAUGACAAUCCACCGGCCUGGUCGCCAAACAGACUGGAGCUUGAAAUUCCGGAACACACAGUGAUUGGGCGAAAAUUUCAACUUCCUGAAGCCACCGACCCAGAUCAGGGACCUGAACACACCGUACAGAGUUACCGUCUCAUUCCUAGUGAACCUCAUGACCAUGAAUCAACGGUUCGGGGACUUGGUAAUGGUGCUUUUGAGUUAUCCAGUGAAUUGAUUGAACGUUCACCUGGAGCGCCUUAUAAAUUCGCUCUUGGACUCAAGGUGAAAGCUGAUUUGGAUCGGGAAAAGCAGUCAGCUUACUACUUUCUCCUUAUCGCUACUGAUGGUGGAUCGCCUCAACUAACCGGAACUCUAAGUUUGAUUAUACGUAUCAGUGAUAUAAACGAUCAGACGCCGUAUUUUCGUCAGACCAACCCUUCAGUGGAGAUUCUUGAAAAUACUGCAGUAGGGACUCAGAUUUAUACAGCCGUUGCAAUAGACGAUGAUCCCUCAGAUGCCAACCGAUUAGAGUAUCGGAUGGGUUCAACAGCCUCUGCUGAAGUUCAGCGUCUCUUCAGUAUCGAUGGUCGGAUAGGCUCUGUAAUAGUUUCAGGUGAUAUAGACUACGAAUCAGCACCGAUUUUGCCCAACCGAGAUUCAAAAGAUCCUCUCUUCCCCAGUGACUACGGCUUCAUUAUUCCAAUAGAAGUCACUGACCAAGCUCAUAUUGCUGAAACCAAAUUGCGUGUUCAUAUACUGAACACUAAUGACAACCCUCCUAUAAUUUCUAUUCAGUCGCCUUUACAACGGUCCAUCUCGAAGGGUGAGUUCUACAUCCGUGAAGAUGCACCCGUGGGAACUCUUGUAGCUACUAUAACUAUGUCUGAUGCAGAUGAAAGGGCUGGUUCUGAAAGGGGGUUUUCAAAUCGAGCAUCAAUUCCUUACUGUUCUACCACUAACACCUUCUUCACAGUCCAACCCCUACACUCGGCAAUGCGCAAUCUUUUCAAAUUGGUAACUUCAAAGCCUCUAGAUCACGAAACCAAAAGCACUCAUGGAAUCACCAUUGUUUGUCACGAUGCUGGUCAACCAGUCCUCUCUACCAAGCAGUAUUUGGCAGUGCAUUUAGAAGACGUCAAUGAUUCCCCGCCAGUCUUUGAAAAGGCCGUCUACUAUGCCCGCAUAAGCGAAGGUCUUCCCGUUCAUACACCAAUUAUUAAAGUUCACGCAUCUGACGCCGACAGUGGUGAAGUGGCCGAGGUGCGUUACCGAUUUGUCAGUAGAGGUCGUCAAAUGGGCUAUGACUCAAUGGUACUGCUGGAUGAGAAGUCGGGGCAGAUCAGAAGUGGUGCGGUGUUUGACCGGGAGUCGAUAAAGUCCAUUAACUUUACAGUAGAAGCCGUCGAUUGUGCCGGCGGCAACAGAACCUCCUGUGGAGGAAGGGUUAACACUGCAACAGCCGAAGUUAUUAUCCUCAUUGAGGAUAUCAACGAUUGCCCGCCUGAAUUCGAACAGCAGUCCUACGAAUUUACGAUUGAAGAGGGCCACGUCUCGAAGGUUCCAGUGAGUAGUUAA